CGUCAACUAAGUUUCUUCAUUCUUCACUUCAUAAUAUCAACUUCAUUCUAAACAAUUAGAAAGAACAAAUUAUACAUGUCUCCACAAACAUAAAGAAUAUUAGUUGUUUAAGGAAGAUAUAUUAUUUAGAAUAUUAAAUAUACCAGGAAAGUAAUUAUAUGUGUGUAGGCGGGUACCCAUAGGGCGGGUUUACCUAAACCCAAACCCAACCCGACCCGGUGAAUAGUGUAGCGGGUUUAAACCCGAACCCGGCCCAAAACCCGUCAACACUGGUUUUACCCGCGUUGACCGGGUUGAGUCGGGUGGGUACCCGUGAGUAGGGGUGGGAUUCGGUUUGUCGGUAAACGGUUUACCGUUUUACCGAACCGUUUACCGACGGUAUCGGCGACCGAGCGUGGGUUGGGGGGUAUCGGUUUACCGAAACCGGUAUCGGUAAAUACCGACGGUAAAUCGGUAAACCGUUUACCGAAUCUCACUUCCCUCUCUUCCUCCCUCAUUAGGUGUCGUUAGGGGUUUAGCAGCCUUUCUAUUUACACGAACAUAGGAACUCCUCCUGCCACAGAAAUUAUUGGAGCCCAGAAUUCACCCACACUUCCUGUUACAACCACCAGCCAUUUCCCGAAUAGCCAUCCCCUCACCGGAGCAUUCCAUCUGGUGGUUGCACCCCAGGAUCACUUUCUGCUCUCGGCUUACCAUAAUGGCGGUCGCCCCAUCAUCUGUGAAAUACCUACAGUCUUCUACCCCAUUCACUCUUCCCGGUCAACUUUCCCCCAAAUUUCAUCCCCGUUUCCCGUCCACUGCCGCCGCAAGGGCGAACUCCACCGGAUUCGGUUUCAGCACUCGUCGCAGUGUUCAGAGGAAACCUCCUGCGGUGCUGCGUGCCUCUGCUGCCGAUUUUAGCCCGAGCAUCGGAGAAUUGUUGGGCGAAGUCACCGUGUUCAAAGCCUCCGGUGAGCCCGUCGUGUUUAAGGAUCUAUGGGACCAGAAUGAGGGGAUGGCUGUUGUUGCACUGUUGAGACACUUUGGAUGUCCUUGCUGGUAAUUUGAAUUUCGCUACCCCAUUAAUUUGAUGGGGAUCAGCUUUGGUUUUUACUGAGCCGCCAUGGUUUCUGAUUGUUGUUGUUCAAUUUUUUGGCUGAAGUUGGGAACUGGCGUCAGAGUUGAAGGAAUUCGGUAAAUUCGGUAAACCGGUUUGUAACCGUUUAUCGGUAAUUCGGUAAUCGGUAAACCGGUUACAAAUCGGUAUCGGUAAACGGUUUUGCCAGUGUCGGUAUAUCAAAACCGGUAAAUUCGGUAAACAAUUUACCGUUUACCGACCGAUUCCCACCCCUACCCGUGAGUUCGGGUUUUGUUGCCAUGGCUGCUAAAUUUUUUUUAUAUGUCAUAAGUACUAGACAAAUUCAAAUUUGACAAAAUGAGAUGUGUCUAAAUUGCUAAUUUUUUCUUUAAAUUUUUGAGAAAUUAAUAUAAAAUUGGCUAGUCAAAAAAUUGUUUUUGUGGUUUAACCCACCAUCUGCACCCUCCUACCACCCUCCCAAAUCAAACCAAAGAAAAAUGUGAAUGGUUAGUGAACCAUAAUUGUACCAACUCAACUCAUUGAUAAGUGAAUGAAUCGAUCAAAAUCUAUUCCCUACUCAUUGUCAUUCAUCGACGUGUUGAAUGUUAUCAAGCGGUCCACCACCAAUAAUAUCAAGCAAUCCAAUUGAUAAGACGUGAUGGAUAAUUUGAAUGUUUCCAUGAUUUGGGCCGAGGCUCGUUGGUCUCUCCGAUUCAUUUGUUAACAGUUUAGCCCACUAGGAAGGCUGGUUCGGUUUUAGUCAUGGCUAUUCUGGACUCAUAACCUCUCCUUUCACGAAGUCCAUAAUUCCUAACUGAAACCGAAAGCCCAAGUACAACGGAAGUUUAGAAUCCUAAAAAGUCCAGCCUAAACAGAUCUAAUGGGCUUCCUAUCAUUGUUCCCCUUCCCAACACUAACUCAUACAAUCCGUCAAAAAUAGCAAGACGAAUGAUAUCCACGGUCUAUCCAUUCAUAUCUCAAGUAUAUUGUCCAACUAACUCAUAGCAAGCUAAAACAACAUGUGUUGUCAUUUAUUGUUUCAUAUGUAUUGUACAUCCGCUCGUUAGACGACUUGUUUUUUAUCGAGAAUAAGUAUGUUUUAAUGACUCGAGAUAUCGAAAGAGAUUUAAAAAUGAAUCUUUUUAACAUUUUCUUAUAUAGAACCUUUAACAAAAUACAACACAUCGAAUUUGAAUGUUACCAAUAUCUAGCAUACCAUAUAAAACAAAUCAAAUAUCAGCAUUGUUAAGGGCUAUCCGAAUUCGAACACAAUAUACCCAAAAUGCUUAUAGAUUUUGAUAAUGACAAAAAGGAAUCCCACAAGGUUCGAAUUCUUACGAACUAGUCAGCAUCUCGCAAGAUAGAGGAAAUGGGAGCCGAUGGAAUGUCAAAGAGAAAUGACACAAAGCCACCUCUACACCUAGUAAGAAAACACGUUGGUAACAUAAAGAACAACAUUAAUAAUAUAAAUGUAUGGGACAGAUUCGAAACAUUCAAUAAUUAGGGCGUUUCUGGUUCGUCAGUGAGUUUACAUUACAAACAAACAGGAUUAGAUUCUUUAUCAAAGGCAAGAGAAAAGACAGAGUUUUUAGCCGUUUCAAGCCUCAACAGAAACUCCUGGCCCAAUGGUGUGACAGAGAAGAGAUAAUCCAUCGUGUUUCCUGUUCGUCGUUUGGUUUCUCCAAAUUUGAUGAGCCAUAACAUAUGUCGGGCAAAUAUGCUCAUGAUCACAGUCUCCUUGAUUCCAUACAGUAAGUUUAUUUUAUGAAGAGAGCAAAUAUAUAGAAUAUUAUUACUAACGGUUUUGAUUGAUCAGAAUAUAUCGAACCGUGUUUAAUUAAUAAUGUGUGAACAUAUUCAUAUAUUAUACGUAAUACGUACUCUAGAUUUUUGCCAUAUAUAUGUGGAAUUUUAUCGGACAUAAGGUAAAUCUGGAGGAUAUCACAUAUAUUGAGUAAGAAAGUGCUAUCUAUAUC